UUUUUCCCUCUUUCUCUCUCGGGGGUUCUAACUAUUCUCGCCAAUUUCCGAAAAGUUGUGGUGUGCUCUUCUCCGGGUAACCACUACGCUUUCUCUUUUCCUUCUCCUUGACCUCACCAUUGGAGAGAGAGAAAGAGAGAGAGUUCCUCGCACCAUCACUCCAACAUGGCCAACGUCAACGGGAGCUUUGUCUCCCCUUCAGCUGAUGCUACUAUCUCCCCUCGGCUCUUUGCCCCGUCCGGUUUGCUGGCCUCUGUCCUGUCCGAUUUCAAUAUCUGGAAGGGUCUGUUGACCUUGUUUAUCGCUGCGGUUAUCUACGAUCAGUUCCGGUACUUCUGGCAGAAAGGCUCCAUUAUCGGACCAAGAUGGAAGUUGCCAUUUAUGGGUCCCUUCCUCCAAUCGGUCAAUCCCAAGUUCCAUGAGUACAAGGCGAAAUGGGACAGUGGAGAGCUCAGUUGUGUCUCGGUCUUCCACAAAUUCGUCGUCAUUGCAUCCACCCGUGACAUGUCUAGAAAGAUCUUCAACUCCCCUGCCUACGUGAAGCCCUGUGUCGUCGAUGCGGCGCACAAGCUGCUGGGCGAGGACAAUUGGGUAUUCUUAGACGGCAAGGAGCAUGUUGAGUUCCGCAAGGGCUUGAAUGGCCUCUUCACCCGCCAUGCCCUCUCUCACUACCUUCCCCGCCAGGAGGAAACCUUUAACCAGUAUUUCAAGCGUUUCCUCGAGAAGUCCAAGGCCAAUGACUACAAGCCCACCCCCUGGAUGCCGGAGUUCCGUGAAUUGAUGACCGCGGUCUCCUGCCGUACCUUCGUGGGCCACUACAUGACCGAUGAGAUUAUCCAGAAGAUCAACGAUGACUACUACUUGAUCACCGCUGCCUUGGAACUGGUUAACUUCCCUAUCAUCCUCCCUUACACCAAGACCUGGUACGGAAAGAAGGCCGCGGAUAUGGUGAUGGAAGAGUUUGCCAAGUGUGCCGCUAAGAGCAAGGCUCGCAUGGCUGCCGGUGGAGAAAUCGCAUGUAUCAUGGAUGCCUGGAUUAAGGCUCAGCAGGACUCGGCUAAGUACAAGGAGAACGUCGCCAAGGGCAUCCCCGCGGAGAAGCCUCCCCAGCUACUCCGGGACUUUACCGACUAUGAAAUUGCUCAGACUAUCUUCACCCUCUUGUUCGCGUCGCAGGAUGCCACCAGUGCCGCCUGUACUUGGUUGUUUCAGCUCAUGGCUGACCGUCCCGAAGUCUUGGAUAAGGUCCGCGAGGAAAACGUGCGCCUGCGCAAUGGCGACCUCAAUGCGCCUUUGACCAUGGAGCUGCUCGAUCAGAUGGAAUAUACUCGUGCUGUGGUGAAGGAGACUCUGCGGUAUCGCCCUCCCGUCAUUAUGGUUCCUUACUUGGUCAAGAAGGACUUCCCCAUUACCGAGAAGAUCACUGUGUUGAAGGGCUCGAUGAUCAUCCCGUCCGUAUGGCCGGCCACCCACGACGAGGAGGCGUACCCUAACGCCGACUCCUUCGACCCGGAUCGCUGGAUCACUGGCACCGCUGAGCAGCACCCCAAGAACUGGUUGGUUUUCGGCACCGGACCUCAUUACUGCCUCGGCCAAACCUAUGCGCAACUGAACUUGAUGGCAAUGAUCGGCAAGGCCAGUAUGGAGAUGGAUUGGAAGCACACCACCACGGCUCAGUCAGAAGACAUCAAGGUGUUUGCGACCAUCUUUCCUCAGGAUGAUUGCUUGCUUACAUUCCGCCCUCGGGCCUAAAUUUUUAUGUAAUCGCUUUCUUUGUGGGUUCUCCAGUGUUAUAAUUUCUAUCCUGGAGAUAGAAUGACCGCAUCUUUCUUCUCUUCCUUCUAUACUUGUACCUACUUUUGUACCAUUGUCCACCAUGGGGUUUUCGGCGGUGGCUUUUUUUUUUAACUGUUUUCAUUUCCCUCUUUCUCGUUUAACGGAUGAAAAUCAGGGCCAUGCUUGUGCCGAUUCCGGGCGACUGGAUAUCCAGCGCUUACGAUGUAUCAAGCCGAGUACGUCCGGGCGUACAUGAUAUUGAACGAUUCAUGCAGGGUCGUCAACUUCCUCAAUAGUGAAGCGGUGAAGUGACGUACUAACUUAGAUUAUGCAACUUAGAAUAAUAAUAAUCGUGAGUCUUGU